AUGCCGAUUCAAACUUCCCUCACCGUAGCAGGAAUCACGCCUUCCUAUAUCCUACGGUGGCCUACUCCAGUCAAUGGCAAUCUGUAUAAAAACUUCACUCUGGUUGUCAUCUCUGUAUCAGCUCCUCCCCAGUCUUCCAGGUUUGCUAAGCUGCUUCUAGUGGCUCCCCCACCAAUCAUGCCGUUGUUCAUGGUGAACACUAACGUGGCGAAGAGUAAAGUUCCUGCUGCACUGUUUUCUGAGGCGACACGAGAUCUGGCCGAAGCUUUGAACAAACCAGAAUCAUACAUCACAGUGCACAUUAUACCAGAUCAGAUGAUGAUGUGUGCAGGAAACACAGAUCCUGUUGCCUACUGCAGCCUCAAGAGCAUUGGACGGAUCAGUCCAGAGAAGAAUAAAGAGUACACCAAAUUAAUCUGUGGUCUGCUCAACAAACAUCUGGGCAUCUCACCAGAGAGGUGUUUUAUCCUCUUUACUGACCUACCAGGAGUCAACGUUGGUCUGAACAACGAUAUUUUUGAAUAACUCUGGAUAUGCGGAAGGGUUACCUAGAGGAUUCUUUAAAUAUGUCUAACUAAAUGUAAUAAAAUGGUGGAAGAGUG